UUCAAAUCUUGUGCUUUUCAUAGCGUUGAAGAAGUUGACUUCAGUUUCAGUAUUCAAUUCUUAUACCAGCUUUGAUAGAACAGUGAAGAACAUCGACCCCAUGGAUAUUACAACGAAGCAGAGUUUGGUUUUUUCUGUUAAUGGGCAUAGGUUUGAGAUGUGCAACGUUGAUCCUUCGAUGACUUUGCUUGAGUUUCUGCGCUAUCAAACUCAUUUUAAAAGUGUCAAGCUAAGCUGUGGUGAAGGAGGAUGUGGUGCCUGCGUUGUGCUACUAUCGAAGUAUGAUUCUGUAAGUGACAAGGUUGAGGACUUCACUGUGAGUUCAUGUCUCACACUGCUGGGCAGUGUAAACGGAUGCUCAAUCACAACAGCCGAGGGUAUCGGGAACAGCAAGGAUGGAUUCCACCCGAUUCAAGAACGGUUCUCCGGUUUCCAUGCUUCUCAAUGCGGCUUCUGCACUCCUGGGAUGUGUGUUUCUCUCUAUGCAGCUCUUGUCGAUGCCGAGAAGACGAAGAAUCGAGCAGAGCCCCGCCCGGGAUUAUCCAAGCUGACAGUUUCCGAAGCAGAAAAGUCUAUUGCAGGAAACCUUUGUCGAUGUACCGGCUACCGACCUAUUGUCGAUGUCUGUAAAAGUUUUGCCUCUGAUGUUGACAUGGAGGAUUUGGGGUUCAACUCCUUUUGGAGAAAAGGGGAAAGCAAUGAAGUAAAGCUGAGUAGAUUACCUCGAUUCGACCGUAACGAUGCGAUUCGUGUGUUUCCUGAGUUUCUUGAGAAGGAAGCUACAGCUGGUGCCAAUAUGGACUCCCAGAGAUGUCAUUGGUAUAGUCCUGUUAGUCUUGAGGAGCUACAGAGUUUAUUGCACAUGGGAACUUCAGUGAAGAUUAUUGUUGGUAACACUGGAACAGGUUAUUACAAGGAACUAGUGCACUAUGACAACUAUAUUGAUUUGAGAUAUAUUCCCGAGCUUUCGGUCAUUAGAAAAGAUCCAACCGGGAUCGAAAUUGGAGCUGCUGUGACGAUUUCUAAAGCUAUCGAGACUUUGAAGGAAGAAAAUGAAGGUGAAUUCGGUAAAGAAGGUAAAAUGGUGUUCGAAAAACUCGGUGACCACAUGGAGAAGAUUGCUUCAAGGUUCAUCAGGAAUUCAGGUAGUGUAGGUGGGAAUUUGAUGAUGGCACAGAGGAAACAUUUUCCGUCAGAUAUAGCUACAAUACUACUUUCUGUGGAUACAAUUGUGGAGGUAAUUACCAGUCAAAGUCGUUUAAAGCUUACACUAGAGGAGUUUCUUGGAAGGCCUUCUCUGGAUUCGGAAACUGUUCUGUUAAGUAUUAAAAUCCCAUGCUGGGAACCAAGUACGAGUGUUUCUUCUGAUGCUGGCAAUAAGUUACUGUUCGAAACAUAUCGAGCUGCACCGCGUCCCCUUGGAAAUGCACUCCCGUAUUUGAAUGCUGCUUUCUUGGCUCAGGUGUCUCAGAGUCCUACUGGAUUUAUGCUAAAGAGCUGUCGGUUCGUGUUUGGUGCUUACGGAACCAAGCAUGCUAUUAGGGUGAAGGAGGUUGAGGAUUUUCUAAAUGGGAAAUUGCUGAGCAGUAGUGUGCUGUAUGAGGCUGUUACAUUUCUUGAAACUUUGGUAGUACCUGAAGAUGGCACCUCUACUCCAGCCUAUAGAUCAAGCUUGGCCGUUGGGUUCCUUUUUGAGUUCCUAAGCCCCUUAAUUGACUCGGAGCAUGAACGAUUCGGAAAAACCGACUGCCCAACUUUGUUAUCAUCCUCAAAUCAGAAGAUUCGGUUCAAAAAUGAAUAUUAUCCAGUCGGAGAGCCAGUUACAAAAACUGGAGCUAUCCUCCAAGCCUCUGGUGAAGCUAUUUAUGUGGAUGACAUUCCAUCUCCAAAAGAUUGCUUAUACGGAGCAUUUAUCUAUAGCUCGGAGCCUCGGGCAAGGGUGAAGGGCAUAAAAUUCGACCCCGAUUCAUCACCGGAUGGAGUUGUUUCACUCAUUACUUGCAAAGACAUUCCUGGUUUGAAUUUGGGUGGUAUAACGAUUUUUGGAACUGAACCUUUAUAUGCUGAUGAGCUUACAGAAGGCGUUGGUCAGCGGAUUGCCUUUGUGGUUGCAGAUUCGCAGAAAAACGCAGACAUCGCAGCCAAUCUUGUAGUGGUUGAAUAUGACAAGGAAAAUCUAGAGCCACCAAUAUUAUCUGUUGAAGAGGCAGUUGAGAGAUGUAGCUUUUAUAAGGUCCCUCCUUCCUUUUAUCCUGAACAGGUCGGUGAUUUUUCAAAAGGAAUGGCUGAAGCUGAUCACCAAAUUCAUGAUGCUCAGAUCAAACUUGGGUCACAAUACUACUUUUAUAUGGAGACACAAACCUCUCUUGCCAUCCCGGACGAGGACGACUGCAUGGUGGUAUACAGUUCUACUCAGUACCCCGAGUUUGCUCACAAUACAAUAGCUGCAUGCCUCGGUGUUCCUGGCCAUAAUGUUCGCGUAAAAACUAGAAGGCUCGGAGGAGGAUUCGGUGGGAAAUCUGUAAAAUCCAUGGCAGUUGCAUCAGCAUGUGCAGUAGCUGCUUACAGAUUACACAGUCCGGUUCGAGUUUAUGUGAACAGGAAAUUUGAUAUGAUAAUGUCAGGAGGAAGGCAUCCGAUGAAAAUAACUUACAGUGUGGGAUGCAAAAGCAACGGGAAGAUUACAGCCCUCAAACUUGAUAUAUUGAUUGAUGCAGGAAUGUUUGUUGAUGAAAGUCCUAUAAUGCCGAGUUAUAUGCUAGGUUCACUUAGAAAGUAUGAUUGGGGUGCUCUAUCUUUUGAUAUAAAGCUCUGCAAAACUAACCUUCCAAGCCGAGGAGCGGUAAGAGCCCCGGGAAAUCUACAGGCCUCAUACAUUGCUGAAGCUGUAAUCGAACAUGUCGCGUCCUACCUUUCUAUGGAAGUUGAUUCUGUCCGAAAUAUUAAUCUCCAUACUUACAACAGCCUCAACUUCUUCUUUCCGAGCUCUGCAGGAGAACCAUUGGAAUAUACGUUACCUUCAAUAUGGGAGAGGCUGGCCACUACAUCAAGCUUUUACGACAGGACCAAUAUGGUUCAAGAAUUCAAUAGGUGUCAUAAAUGGAAGAAAAGAGGGAUUUCAAGGGUGCCUAUUGUUUAUGAAGUGAUGAUGAGACCAACACCGGGGAAAGUAAGCAUUCUACGUGAUGGAUCGAUCGUUGUUGAGGUUGGAGGAAUCGAGAUGGGGCAGGGUCUCUGGACAAAAGUGAAACAAAUGGCUGCAUAUGGUCUUGGCUUGGUUAAAUGUGGUGGAUCACGUGAUCUGUUGGAGAAAGUAAGGGUCAUUGAAACUGAUACUUUGAGUGUAAUUCAAGGUGGUCUGACUGCAGGAAGCACAACGUCGGAAGCAAGCUGUGAAGCAGUUCGACUCUGCUGCAAUAUCUUGGUUGAAAGACUUAUCCCUCUCAAGGAAAAGUUGAUGGAGAAAGUCGGUCCCGUAGAAUGGGAGGCGCUGAUUGUUGAGGCUUAUGAUAAGUCUGUAAACUUAUCAGCAAGUGCACUAUACAUGCCGAACUUUUCCACCACACAAUAUAUAAACUAUGGUGCGGCAGUAAGUGAGGUGGAGGUAAGCCUUAUAACAGGUGAAACGACGAUUCUCCGGACAGAUAUCAUAUACGACUGCGGUCAAAGCUUAAAUCCUGCAGUUGAUUUGGGACAGAUCGAAGGAGCUUAUGUUCAAGGAAUUGGGUUUUUCAUGCUCGAAGAAUACCUCACGAAUUCAGAUGGAUUAGUGAUCACAGAUAACACAUGGACUUACAAGAUCCCUACGGUGGACACCAUUCCAAAGCAAUUCAACGUUGAAAUCCUCAACAGUGGACAUCAUAAAGACCGUGUUCUUUCUUCCAAAGCUUCCGGUGAGCCGCCAUUAACGUUAGCGGUUUCGGUCCACUGUGCCACAAGAGCAGCCGUAAGAGAAGCGAGACAGCAAGUCCUUUCAUGGGGUGGCGAAAAGGAGGCUGGUUCGACAUUAAUCCAAAUGGAGGUACCAGCCACCAUGCCUGUGGUGAAGGAGCUUUGCGGGCUCGACAGUGUUCAGAAGUAUUUGCAGUGGGCAUUUGGCAAAAACUUGGGCUAAAACCUUUAAGACGUGUGUGGGUAUAUAUAUAAAGUUUCUUCAUGCAGAAUAAGACUAUUUUAUUAUAUAGGGAU